UUUUUAACGUAAUAGAAAACAUCCUUACUAUUAUUAACAAAAACUAUUGAUGCAAAACGUGAAUCGCUGAGAGAAAAACGUGUUCCCACGAAUUUGUGAGAGUUUUACACGCUUUUCUAUUGUUCACGACCUUUUAAACCUAUUUACCUUAUAAGUUGUUCAUUUCAACUUAUUGGUAUAUCACUCAGUGUGGUCAAAAUGGUUGUUGUUUCGUCUACCUUUUCGGCUCCCGUUGAAGGGGUACUAUCUCAAACUCCGGGCACCAAACUCCUGGUUGAUGGCCAAGAACUAGGCACUGCUACAUUAUACAUAACAGAAAAUAAUGUAGUGUGGGGUGGCGGCGUCGGCGCCAACGGCGGAGCAUCAGCCACCAUCUCCCUGCUGUACCCCAACAUAUCGCUGCACGCCAUACAGCGGGAGCCUGUGCCUGCACUGUUUGUGGUGCUCGGACAUGAACUCAGGCUUCCAGAGUUAAACCAGGCAGCAGGCGAUGCCAAUGAGGAGGAUGAUGAUGAUGAGUUUGAUGCUGACGACCCACCCUCCACAAAUUUGUUGUUCGUCCCUCAGAACGAGUCGGACCUCCAGCCCAUGUACCAGGCCAUGAUUCAGGGACAGACCCUACACCCGGACCCUGAGGAUGACAUCGACGAGGACCCUUAUAUGGACGGCGAGGAAUUUGAUGAAGGAGAUGAGGAGUUUGAAGACGCCGAAGAGAGCAACGCGACGCCCGAGGACGCCGCGGCGCGCCUCCGGACCCUGCGCUUGGAGCACGCCAACGGAACACAUGCAGAUGAGGCUGAAGAUGAAAUAGCGGACGAGUGAACCUAGGGAGGUUAUUAGCUUUUUUAAUUUUUCAAUAUAAAGUUAACAAUGAUGUAGGUGCCAGUAACUAAAGAUUACUCUUUGCAGUCGUUUAUUGACUGGAAGAACAUGAAAACUUUUUUAAAUACAUCUAGAGUUAGACCAAUAUAAGUCUGCAACGAUUUUGAUAGCACACGCAGUGCUAGUGUUAUUUUAAACGUCAAACUUUGUACUGUACAAGCUACAAAAAUAAUUGUUACUGUAUGUAGCGGUUACAACUUGAUAGCUGACUUCGUGAUUACUUAAGUCGGUGUUCAAGAUAUUUUUUUGCACAAGUAUUUUUCAGCUUGUUUUCGAAUCUUAAGUCUUAUUUUAUUUUAUGUAAUUGGCUUAUAAAUGUAGAUUUCUGAAAAGGUUUUGAGAACCGGAAUAAUAGCUUAUUUGUUAUUUUUAAGUUAGUUUAAGGUUGUUAAUUCAAAGCUUUUUAAGAACGUAUGG